AUUUCCCCAGUCUGUCUCCUCCACAACUUAACUUGAAGUCUAGUCUAUCUGUCCGCCGUGACGUUCUUCCAUAACCCCGUGCUUCUCGGGCGAAUCAUUCCCUCGGCCUCCUUCACCUUUUCGUCCUGAAUCCUUCUUUUUAACUUCCAAUUCUUUGAUCCGCCCACCACUUUCCAUUCCUCAAUCAUCCAUCUCUACCCCCGUUACCCCUCUCCCAUCCCCUCAUACCACAUACCCAUCGCCGCAAUGACGAAACUCACCGGCGCUGAUGUCGCCCAGCACAACUCCAAAGACUCGUGCUGGGUCAUUGUCCACGGAAAGGCCUACGAUGUGACGGAAUUCCUGCCUGAACACCCCGGUGGCCAGAAGAUCAUUUUGAAGUAUGCCGGCAAGGAUGCGACCGAGGAGUUCGACCCCAUCCACCCGCCCGACACACUGGACAAGUUCCUCGACCAGUCUAAGCACCUAGGCGAGGUCGACAUGUCGACAGUCGAGCAAGAAGAGAAGGUCGCCGACCCGGAGGAGGAGGAACGCCAGGAGCGCAUCAAGCGCAUGCCCCCGCUGGCAGCGUGCUACAACCUGAUGGACUUUGAGGCGGUUGCACGCAACGUGAUGAAGAAGACGGCCUGGGCCUACUACUCCAGCGGUGCGGAUGAUGAAAUUACCAUGCGCGAGAACCACUCCGCGUUCCACAAAAUCUGGUUCCGCCCUCGGAUCCUGGUGGAUGUGGAGCACGUCGACUUCUCGACAACGAUGCUGGGCACCAAGGUGUCGGCGCCGUUCUACGUGACGGCGACGGCGCUGGGCAAGCUGGGCCACCCGGAGGGGGAGGUGAUCUUCACGCGGUCGGCGCACACGCACGACGUGAUCCAGAUGAUCCCGACGCUGGCGUCGUGCUCGUUCGACGAGAUCGUGGACGCGCGGCAGGGCGAGCAGGUGCAGUGGCUGCAGCUGUACGUGAACAAGGACCGGGCGAUCACGAAGCGGAUCGUGCAGCACGCGGAGGCGCGCGGGUGUAAGGGGCUGUUCAUCACGGUGGAUGCGCCGCAGCUGGGCCGGCGCGAGAAGGACAUGCGGUCCAAGUUCUCGGACGUGGGGUCGAGCGUGCAGGCGUCGGGCGGCGACAGCGUGGACCGGUCGCAGGGCGCGGCGCGCGCCAUCUCCUCGUUCAUCGACCCCGCGCUCUCGUGGAAGGACAUCCCCUGGUUCCAGUCCAUCACGCGCAUGCCCAUCGUGCUCAAGGGCGUGCAGUGCGUCGAGGACGUGCUCCGCGCCGUCGAGGCCGGCGUCCAGGGCGUCGUCCUCUCCAACCACGGCGGCCGCCAGCUCGAGUUCGCCCCCUCCGCCGUCGAGCUCCUCGCCGAGGUCAUGCCCGCCCUGCGCCAGCGCGGCUGGCAGGAUCGCAUCGAGGUCUACGUCGACGGCGGCAUCCGUCGCGCCACCGACAUGCUCAAGGCCCUCUGCCUCGGCGCCAAGGGCGUCGGCAUCGGCCGCCCCUUCCUCUUCGCCAUGUCCGCCUACGGCCAGCCCGGCGUCGAGCGCGCCAUGCAGCUGCUCAAGGACGAGAUGGAGAUGAACAUGCGUCUGAUCGGCGCCAACAAGAUCGAGGACCUGAACCCCAGUCUGCUGGAUGUUCGUGGCCUGGUCGGCGGCCACAAUGCCGUCGUGCCUUCCGAUACGCUUUCCGCUGGGGCGUAUGAUCCUCUCGUCGCGCCGCGGUUCAGUGAGAAGGCCAAGUUGUAGGGCUCCUUCUCUUCUGGUUCAACUCUGCUUUCUCACCUCGGUUUUCGUGACGGCCUGUCUCUGCCUCUUUUUAUAUACAUGUUCCUUUUAUACCCUGUUGUUAGACUUUCAUCCGAUCGGAUUAUAAAACAUAUGGCCGGAUGACCUUCCUGCCUAUGCAUAUAUACAAUAUAUGAUGACAUCUC